GAAAUUUAACGGCUGGCAGUUGGCAAUGGUACUUGCACAGAACGUGAAAGUGCAUCAAACUUCACAGUAUUCGUUUCAGGGUUUCGGAAAAAAACCUGUUGGGAUCAUAUAUGAAAUCCCAUGUCAUUCAUUUUAACUUAUGUGUUGGUUCCCAUCCGGGACUUAUUACAUUUGUGGCUACUUCAGCGUGUUUGUGAAGUGCCUGCUUCCUCGUAUUGAAAUGGCAGGCACCAGUGAUCGACAUCAAUAUCCGAAUAACGAUACCAGCAGCGAUACCGAGGACUACACAGACGAUCGUAGGAGAAGAGUUUUCAAAAAUCGUUUGAGUUAUGGAACAUGCUCGAAGCCGAAAUCGUGCCUUGUCCAACGUUCCACGUCCCUAACAGACCCUCGAUGCCACUCUGUAGCUACGCCUAAGCAAUGUCACAAUUUUCCUCGCAAUAGAUCGCGCACCGUUCUGCAGCAAGUGGUCGCGAACAAGAACCAACAGAGCCAGACGACCAGCACCGCAAACCAGAUGGUGCAGAGCGACGACCGCGUCACCCUCGUGGUGGACAACACGCGGUUCGUCAUCGACCCGGCCAUAUUCGUGGCCCACCCGAAUACGAUGCUCGGCCGCAUGUUCAGCUCGUCCCUCGAGUUUACGCACCCGAACGACCGGGGCGAGUACGAGGUGGCCGAGGGCAUACCAGCCUCCGUUUUCAGAGCGAUCUUGGAGUAUUACAAGGGCGGCGUGAUCAAGUGCCCCCCCUCUGUUUCCGUGCAGGAGCUCCGAGAAGCCUGCGACUAUCUAUUGGUGCCUUUUGAUGCUCAGACCGUACGCUGCCAAAAUUUAAGAGGUCUUUUGCACGAACUGUCGAACGAGGGCGCCCGAUGUCAAUUCGAGGUGUUCCUUGAGCAACUGAUACUGCCACUAAUGGUAAAUUCUGCGCAACGAGGCGACCGCGAGUGUCACAUUGUCGUGUUGCUCGAUGACGACACCGUCGACUGGGACGAGGAGUACCCGCCCCAGAUGGGCGACGAGUACAGCCAAACUGUCAACAGCACCGCGAUGUAUCGGUUCUUUAAGUACAUAGAGAAUCGCGACGUUGCCAAGCAGGUGCUCAAAGAUAGAGGGCUGAAAAAGAUAAGGCUAGGAAUAGAAGGGUACCCUACUUAUAAGGAGAAAGUUAAGAAACGUCCUGGAGGGCGUUCUGAAGUAAUUUAUAACUACGUUCAGCGCCCUUUCAUAAGGAUGUCGUGGGAAAAAGAAGAAGCGAAGAGCCGUCACGUGGAUUUCCAGUGCGUCAAGUCGAAAAGCGUCACAAAUUUGGCCGAGGCAACUGCCGAUCCAGCUUUGGAAUUGGAUGGUCGAGGAAAUCCGAUCCCGGUAAUCGAGCAGCGAGAGCCGCUGAUGCCGCCUGACCUGCCCGCCUCCCUGGCCGACCAGCUUCUGUUAGAGGGAGCGGCAGCGGGGGCGGGCGCCGGCGCGGACAACGAACAAGCCGCCAAUCCGGACAUCGACAACAUCUAGCACGAAAUCGACCGACUCAUCUUCUGGAGGACGUUCGGGCAUUGUCGGGGAUGCGAUCUAUAGACGUUUGUUGCACUUCCAGUGAUGUCAUUUAAUGAUUUUCUAUUUCUCGAUGCAGUGUAACUAGUCCAGUAAAGUUAGUCCGAUUUCUAUGGGUAUU